AUGUUCUGGUUCAGCGAGCAUCCUGACUGUAUAUCGGAGGACCGACCUGCCGCUGAACUUACUAUCCCUAAUAUCCCCAAUGCGGAAGGAAGGUUGGGAAUUCUUAAAUUCUUUCAUUAUUCCUCCCAACCUUCCAGGUCAACGGAAAGUUUCAAAAGAGCUCUGCAAAAUUUUGGUGAUAUAAAUGAGUUCAAAGCUAGAUAUCACCAUAAGGCCAUUGUCAUUGGUUCAAAAGCCUACAUAAUAGGUGGCCAUAGCUCCGUAGGCGUCGUAGGCUCUGACAUAACAAGUAUGCUUGUUAUGGAUUAUUCAACGUUGGCCGUUAACGAACAGAAUCCAAAAUUAUCCGUGACUGGUCAUGAAGCUGUUCCAAUAAGUGAUUCAAAAUUUCUGCUAUUGUUCGGUACAGAAAGUGUAACGCCUUUAAAGUUUGCAGAUCCCGUUCGGCAAGUUGACAUACAAACAGGUGUUGUAAGUACUCUUAAUAUCAGUGGCACGGCUUCAGCCCGGUACGCUCAUACCGCUACCGUGGUUGGUAAAAAAGUCUAUGUGUUAGGCGGUAUAAGUGAGAGUAAUAUUCUUGGUGAUUUUAUGUAUUUAGACCUUACAUCUUAUAGUUGGAAUACUAUUAAUAGUACAUCUCCAAUCGCUGGACAUUCAACAUUGGUGGUUGGCAAAUAUCUAAUAUCUUGUUUUGGCUUUGACUCGAGCCUUAACCUUAAAAAUGAUUGUAAUGUUUUUGAUACUUCAAGUAAUAUGUACGUAUCAUCCAAGAUUUCUGGAACGAUACCAGCACCUCGUUCCUGUUCAUCAAUGGUUUCUGCUGACAACAAUGACAAAAUGAUUUAUGUUUUUGGUGGGUUUGAUAAAGAUUUUAAUGGAUAUAAUGACCUUUAUGUCUUAGAUGCAUCGAAUGCUCCUGAUUUAUCUUGGUCUUCCGUGUCUGUUAGUGCAAAAGUUGAUCGAUCUUUAAUACCAUCACCCCGGGGUGCUCAUAUUGCAUUUGUAAAGUCAGGUUUAAUGACAAUUUGGGGUGGUUAUUCUAAUACGACCAUAACUGAUGGGAAUUUAUAUUUCUUUGACACUAAAGUUAAUAUGUGGGUUGACUCUCAAAGUUUGAAAAAUGCAAAUUCUACUUCGCAGUUUAAUCAGUCUAAUGGAGGACCUAAUACUUUGAUGUGGAGUAUUAUUGUUGGGAUUGCUUGUAUUAUUGGUUUAAUGUUAUGUUUGCUAGGCUUUUUCAUAAUACGUCGUCGAAAGUUAAAAAAGGAUCUUCAGGAUAAAUGCGAAACUUGUAAUGAUCCCUAUUUUCGCCCUGGAGGUCAACUUGGAAGUGAGCCCGAUCUUCUCUCCAAUUCUGAAAAAAUACAUAAUAAAAGUCCCGGAUCAGUGAAAUCAAUACGAAAACCAUCUCUACCUAUGCCUUCGUUCAUACGACCGAGAUCAAAAUAUGAAAAUGAUUCAAUAUCAUUGGAGCGGCACAAUUCCAAUGCUUCUGUGGUUUCAACAAGUAUGUCAAUGUCUUCGGACGCUCUUAAAAAGACCGAUCCAUCACCUUUUCCGAUUACUCACAUAACGGAACCACAGCGCAUGAAGCGAUCCCAUAGACGAACUUCUUCGGUGACACUGAGUGUUGUUGAUGUAGAAAAUAUUACCCAUCAAACACAUCACAGACCCGUUAAUAAUCAUAGUAAUUCCCGUUAUUCGUCACAAAAUCCAUCAUAUAGCUUACGUCGAUCAGUAUUAUCCAGUACCCUUGAUUCAUAUGCAUUAACAGACAAUAUCUUUGAUAUAAAUCGUGGUUCAAGCGUUAAAUCAGUCAAUUCCCUUCAAUGGGUCGGAUUUAAUAGCUCAGUUACUGAUGUUCAAAAUGGAAGAAAAUUGUCUUUACAUGUACGAAAUGAUUAUCAUCGAAAGAGCGAUGAAGUUCGUGAUUCAGAUUCACAUGAUGAAUACAUAAUUCAUGGUGAUUAUAUCGAUACCACAAAUAGAAACAGCCCAGGUCAAUAUUAUCCUGGAAGAAACGGUAUAUCUGGUAUCUCAAGGCAGAGGGGUAUCUCUGAAGAAGAAGAAUAUAAAUAUGAUUCUAAUACAUCAUACAUGAUCCAAAAGAGAAAUUAUGCGAGUGGUUCUGAUCGUACUUCUGAAGAAAGUGGAUCAUUUGAUAAGUUCAGUAAUCGCUCAAUCUCUUCUCAAAGUUCAACAUAUUCGAGUGAUAAUUUUAACAAUAACUCUGAAGAUAAAAGGAAAGUCGAAAAAUCAAAGCGAUCAUCUAAAAGAACAAGUAAAGUAUCAUUUGCACCAACUGACGAAAAAAUAGAGUUUGAUGAAUUAGAAUCAUCAAAAAGUGUUUAUUUAGCUCGCAUUUCUGGGCGAUCGAGUCAAAGCAGCACGUCAAGCAGCAUGUCAAGUAACUCAACACCAUCUAUAGCUGAAGAGAAUGAGGAUUUUGAAGACAACACGAACACUUUGAAAACUGAUCCGAAUAUACUGAAAACUUAUCGCGUUUUUGAAGACGAAUUUAGCUCAGAUGAUUAUCGUCUUUCCUUCGAUGAACAUAAUUCUCAACACAAGUUAAUGCCACAUUAA